AUGGUAUUCAAAAUUUACAUCCAAUUACUUCUCCAAUUAGUUCUCACCACCCUCCAAUCCCACUUCGCCACUUCACGCAUCUCCAUCCUCCAAUCCAACCAUCACAACCUCCGUCUCUCCUUCUCCGUCGUCGAUUUCGGCGCCACCGGAACUGGCAACCAUUAUGACACCAUCCCUAUCCAAUCAGCAAUCGAUGCCUGCGUCUCCGCCUCCUCCGCCCUCCUUGGCUCCCACUGCCUUGUCACCUUCCCACCUGGCAAGUACUUAACUGCAACACUGUACUUGAAAUCCAGGGUCUUUUUGAAUAUCCAAAAAAACGCCACCAUAUUGGGCGGCAGUAGAUUGGAAGACUACCCUAAAAAACAAGAAAAGUGGUACGUGGUGGUGGCGGAGAAUGCGGUGGACGUCGGGAUAACUGGUGGCGGGGAGAUUAAUGGGCAGGGGUGGAAAUUUGUGGAGAGAUUUGAUGAGAGGAAGAAUGUGAUGGUGAGUUGGAAUAAGACUGGUGCGUGUUUGGGUGAUGAGUGUAGACCCCGGCUGGUCGGAUUCAUUGGUUGUCGGAAUGUCGAAAUCUGGGACGUCAAACUCCACGAACCAGCUUAUUGGUGCUUGCACAUUGUUCGCUGUGAGAACACGUCAAUUCAUGACAUUUCAAUAUAUGGAGACUUUAACACGCCUAAUAACGAUGGUAUGGAUAUUGAAGAUUCCAAUAAUACACUCAUCACAAGAUGCAAAAUCGAUACAGGGGAUGAUGCCAUAUGCCCAAAAACAUACACCAGUCCCCUCUAUAAUCUCACUGCAACCAACUGCUGGAUUAGAACAAAGUCUUCAGCGAUCAAACUUGGCAGCGCUAGUUGGUAUUCAUUCAAAGGUUUGGUGUUUGACAACAUCACGAUUGUGGAAUCUCAUCGAGGGCUUGGAUUACAAAUACGAGAUGGAGGGAACGUUAGUGACAUUACUUUCUCGAACAUAAAUAUCAGCACGAGAUAUUAUGAUCCCUCGUGGUGGGGUAGAGCCGAGCCUAUCUAUGUGACUACUUGCCCAAGAGAUGACAGUUCAAAAGCAGGCUCCAUCUCUAAUCUCCAAUUUGUAAACAUUACUGCAACUUCUGAAAACGGUAUCUUCUUAUCAGGAUCCAAAGGCGGAAUCCUUAGCAAUCUGAAGUUCAUAAACGUGAACCUGACUUACACGAGGUGGACCAAAUAUGCAGAUGGCCUCGUAGACUAUAGGCCAGGUUGCCAGGGGCUCGUCAAUCAUAGCACCGCAGGGUUCAUGAUGGAGCAUAUAGACGGUUUGGAUAUUGAAAAUGUGAAGAUGAGAUGGUCUGAGGAGAAAACUGAGCAGUGGAAUAAUCCAUUGGAUUUUCGACCAUCAACAGUGAAUAAUCUCUCUUUGCUAAAUUUCUAUUCUGGAUUGUACAAUGAGGAUGGAGGCUGGAAUAGAGAAUCGAAAAAUGUUCAAUUGGCAGAAUAA